UCAACGACAUUCCAACUUUCGACGUGUCUUUCGCGUUUAUUGAAACGUAAAUGUCUCUAGCGUUGCGCCUAGAGACUUUUCGGAAUUGGAAAGGUGACUGUAAAAAAAAUGAAUUGACUUUCGCUCGGGUGUGAUUUGACCGAACGUACUUGUGUUUAUAUACGACGAGCUUGGUGUUCCGACAGCUUGUUCGCAAGCUUUCCCUCCUGAUAUCGACAAGCCUGAACAAAUCGUCGAAAUCAUGGAUUUAUUGGGCUCCAUUCUGAAAUCCAUGGACAAGCCACCGUCGGUGAACGACAAGCAGAAGGCGCUUAUGAAAAAACAGCAAGAGGAAUAUCAGAAACGUCAGAGGGCCGAGGCGGAUAAGUUGAAAGUCUUUCGGCAAAAGAUCGAAGAAGAAAUUAACAAGUUCCUACAGGAUGACAAUAUGAAAGAACACAAAUUUUCUGCCAUGGACCAGAUACACAGGAGCAUUGUUCAUGAUGUAGCAGAAGUGGCAAAUGUUUUGGCGUAUUCCUUUGGUGAGGAAGGUGUCGACCGCUAUAUUAUCAUCUUUAAGAGGGAAUAUGCACCUUCGGAGGAUCAAUUAAAUACAUUACGCAAAGGCGAAGAAUGGAAUGAGGAAGUUGCGAAAAGAUUAAAGAAAGAGAGAGAGAAUAAAGCCAAGGAGGAGGCGGAAUAUGCCAAAUCUAGGAAACGAAAGGAGAAUUUUGUACCCAACAGCUUUUACAAAGAUAAAUAUCAACAUCUGAUUGGUAAGGAAGCUGCUCUUGAAGCUGCUAGAAAAACAGAAGCCAAUAGUAGUUAUGGAUGUGUUCCUAGUGAAAACAAAAAGGACCAAAGAAGUAUAGAGCAAACUCUAGCUGACAUACGUGCUAAAAAAAGGAAAUUGGAAACAAAUAAAGAAACUAGCAGUUGCAGCGACAACAGUACAAAAUAGUGCUAUUAUAUAAAUAAUUAUAGAUUAUAUGCAUUCCUAGACAAGUCGCGCACAUAGUAAUCUAUUUUAUUAAAUUUCCGAGUUUGUUUGUUCAAACAUCUUACGAGUUCUACAAUGGCAUUACAAUUAAUAUAUAUCUAUGAUGGAAGUGAAAUAACAAAUCACUUCCAUUUCAUCUCAUUAUGAUACGUGGAUCUACUACACCUAAG